AUGCGUGUCUUCGUCACUGGUGCUACUGGCUUUGUUGGCCAGGCUGUUGUCCAGGAGUUGCUGAGUGCUGGCCACACCGUUGUCGGUCUUGCACGCUCAGAAUCCAAGGCAGCUGAACUGCGUGCCAAAGGAGUUGAUGCAAUCAUUGGGACUAUUGAGGACAUUGAAGUCUUGAAGCGCGGUGCCUCAGAUUCAGAGGGUGUCGUUCAUCUUGCCUUCAACCACGACUUCACCAAAUUCGCCGAGAACGCCAAGGUCGAAUACGACGCCAUCGUGGCCAUCGGUGAGACUCUCGCAGCGUCUAACCGCCCUUUCGUCAUCACUUCUGGAACCAUGAUGCUAUCCAAGGGUGAUCUGGCCAAUGAAGACUCUCAAGUGGAUUUUGUGACCUUCCCAAACCCUCGUGCGGGCAAUGAAGGGGAAAUUACCAAGCUCGCUACCCAGGGUGUACGAGCAUCGGCAGUGCGACUCUCUCCAAGUGUCCAUGGCGAUGAAGAUCACGGAUUCAUCUAUAUGAUCACUCAGAUUGCGCGUGCCAAGGGUGAAUCUGCCUACAUCGGGGACGGACAGAACAAAUGGCCCGCAGUCCACCGUUACGAUGCCGCUCGUCUUUACCGUCUGGCUCUAGAGAAGGGCGAGCCUGGUGCAAAGUAUCACGGUGUUGGCGAAGAAGCUAUUACGAUGAAGGAAAUUGCCGAGACCAUCGGACAGCAACUUGGUGUACCGACCGUUUCGAAAACCUCUGAAGAAGCCCAGGCUCACUUCGAUGGUUUCAUGGCCUUCGCUGUCGCUGCCAACAAUCCGACUUCAAGCAAAAAGACCCAAGAGCGGCUUGGAUGGACGCCUACUGGGCGAGGUCUUCUGGCUGAUAUUAAGGCUGGAGUUUAUACCCAGUAA